UGCAGCCACUGGGAGUUGAGGAUGCUGCUUCAGUUCCUGCUGCUGCCCAUGCUGGGGGCAGGGUCUCUGAAGAAGGCUCCUGAUUACCACGUUCAAGUUAAGGAGGUGGUGAGGGUGCAGGAGGACCUGUGUGUCUUUAUCCCCUGCACCUUCUCCUACCCCCAGGAUCGCUGGAUGGGGUCUACCCCAACUGACGGCUACUGGUUCAAAGAAGGGACCAACCAUAACGCUGAUGCUCUAGUGGCCACAAGCAAACCAAAUCAAGAGGUGCAAAGGAGGGUGCGUGGCCGAUUUGAGUUCCAUGGGAGGCCCCAGAACAAGGACUGCUCCCUGGUGAUCAGAAACAUCCGGAAGGAAGACACAGGAUCAUACUUCUUUCGGGUGGAGAGAGGGAGCUACAUAUGUUAUAACUUUAGGCACGCAUUCUCUCUGGAAGUGACAGGGGCUGCUGUCUCCUCCCGAGGAACCGGGCCCCACCCAUUCCCUGUCUCCACGCUCAACCUCGUGCUGAGACCCCAGGACCGUGACACCGACCUCACCUGCCAGGUGUCCUUCUCCACAGGGGGUGUGAGCACACAGACCACUGGUCUCAGCGUGGCCUAUGCCCCCAGAGACCUGGAUGUCAGCAUUUCUUGGGACAAUGGGACAGCCCUGAAGCCCCAGGACACCCUUCCACAUCUGCAAGCCCAGAAAGGCCAGUUCCUGCAGCUCCUCUGUGCUGCUGACAGCCAGCCCCCCGCCACCCUGCGCUGGGUCCUGGGGGACAGAGUCCUGUCUUCGUCCCAUCCCUGCGGCCCUAAAACCCUGAGGCUGGAGCUGCCCAGGGUGAAAGCUGGGGAUUCAGGGCGCUACACCUGCCUGGCAGAGAACAGGCUGGGUUCCCAGCACCGCAGCCUGGAGCUCUCUGUGCAGUAUCCUCCAGAGAACCUGACAGUGAUGGUUUCCCAAGCAAACAGGACAAGUAAGAAGUGGGGACAUAUGAGCCCAGGCCUCUCAGAUCCAAAUGUCCUGGAAAUCCUCAAGAAUGACACGUCCCUCCCGGUCCUGGAGGGCCAGAGCCUGCGCCUGGUCUGUGUCUCCCUCAGCAACCCCCCAGCCAGGCUGAACUGGGCCUGGGGGAGUCGGAUCCUGAGCCCACCCCAGCUCUCAGACCCGGGGGUCCUGGAGCUGCCUCGGGUACAAAUGGAGCACGAAGGAGAGUUCACCUGCCACGCUCAGCACCCUCUGGGCUCCCAGAGCAUCUCUCUGAGCCUCUCUGUGUACUGCAAAUCAGCCUCAUCCCACUUUUUCACGGGGAAAUCGGAGCCUGUGACAGAGGUAGCUCUGGUGGCCAUGGGGGAAUCUGCUGUGAAGAUCCUGCUUCUCUGCCUCUGUCUCAUCCUCCUCAGGGUGAGGUCCCACAGGAGGCAGGUGGCUCAGACAGCACUGGGUGUGGAGGACGCAGACACUGCCAUACCCUAAUCCCUCAGAUGCUUCCUCCUCUGGUUCCUACAUGGUGUGAAGGGCCACAUUUCCCUCCAUUGUUGGGGAAGGAGGUGCCAACCCCACAGCUGGACAGGAGGCCUGGCAGGGUCUCUCCCCUGCUGGACUCUGCUUGCAAGUUAUACAGAAAUGGCACAAACAAACAAACAAAAACCCCAUAAAAAACAGUAGAAAAGAUUCUCAACAUCAUUGUCAUUAAGUCACUAAGAAAAUACAAAUCAAGACUGUGAGAUACAACUUCACAUUCAUUUGGAGAGUUCUUUUUUUUAGGGACAGAGUCUCACUUUGUCACCCUCCAUAGAGUGCUGUGGCACCACAGCUCAAAGCAACCUCCAGCUCUUGGGCUUAGCAGAUUCUCUUGCCUCAGCCUCCCAGGUAGCUGGGACUACAGAUGCCCGCCACAACGCCCAGCUAUUUUUUUGUUGCAGUUUGGCCGGGGCUGGGUUUGAACCCACCACCCUCGGUAUAUGGGGCUGGCGCCCUACUCAUUGAGCCACAGGUGCCACCCCAUUUGGAGAGUUCUUAAAAGCAAAUCAAAACUAAACAAGAACAAAACAGGAAUGCUGGCUGGGCAUGGUGGCUCAUGUCUGUAAUCCCAACACUCUGGAUUGCUUGAGCUCAGGAGUUCGAGACCAGCCUGAGCAAGAGUGAGACCCCAUCUCUAAAAAAAUAGCCAGGUGUUGUGGUGGGCGCCUGUAGUCCCAGCUACUAAGGAGGCUAUGGCAAGAGAAUCACAUGAGAAUCACGUUAGCCCAAGAGUUUGAGGUUGCUGUGAGUUAUAACUCCAUGGCAGAGUGAGACUGUCUUAAAAACAAAACAAAACAAAUAAGCAGCCCCCCUCUCCAAAUGGGGGAUGCUGAUUGGUUCUGAGGAUAAGCAGAAAUCAGAGCCCUUUUGCACUACAUAUGAGAUAGUGCAACCAGGUGAAAGCCUUCGGUGUUUCCUCCAAUGUAGAAUUACCAUGUGACCCAGCUACUCUAUGCCUAGAUAUUUCCCUAAGGAAUGGGAAGGAAGGGCUUCCACAGGUCGGUGUGAAGCAGUGCUGGCAGCAGCAUUACUUGCCAUAGCCAAGAGGUGGGGACAGCCCAAGUGUCCCUUGACAGAUGGAUGGGGACAUAAAAAGUGCUACAUCCAUAAACUGUGCUAUUCUGAAGUCUUAAAAAGGAAUGGAUGGAAUUCAUUCGCAGCCCAGAUGGGCCUUGCAACAAUGUGCUAAGGGAAAGAAGCUGGACACAAAGAGACAAAGAGCCUUAUCGUUCUGCUUACGUGUCCUACCUAGAGUGGGCAGAUCCAUAGAGACGGACAGCAGAGUAGUGGACCAGAGGCUGGGGACAGGGCAGGCAUGGGCAGGGAUUGGGCAACUGGCAGAGAGUUUCUGUUUGGAAUGACAAGAAAGUUCUGGAAAGAGAGUAGCGAUGAUUGCACAACAUCAGGAAUGUGCUUAAUGGCUCUGAAUCGUACUUUAUAAAAUGUGAAAAAUGUCAAAUUAUAUGUUGUGUAUUUUACCAAAAUAAAAAAGAA